GAGCUCUGAAGCUGGGCGCGGGCCAUCAGGGAGAGGGGACAGCCCUGGCUUCCAGCUGCUGUCGCCACUGCGGGCCUGAGCCAAGUGGGGAUUUAAAGAGCAGUCCCCGCCUGGCCGGAGGCCCGGGAGGCAGCGGACUGAGACUGGUCGCAGCUGGUGGGAGGACUAGGAUUCCAGAUGGCAAAUUCUAUGAAUGGCAGAAAUCCUGGUGGUCGAGGAGGAAACCCCCGCAAAGGUCGAAUUUUGGGGAUUAUUGAUGCUAUUCAGGAUGCAGUUGGACCCCCCAAGCAAGCUGCAGCUGAUCGCAGGACUGUGGAGAAGACUUGGAAGCUCAUGGACAAAGUGGUAAGACUGUGCCAAAACCCCAAACUCCAGUUGAAAAAUAGCCCACCAUAUAUACUUGACAUUUUACCUGAUACAUAUCAGCACUUACGACUUAUAUUGAGUAAAUAUGAUGACAACCAGAAGCUUGUUCAACUGAGCGAGAACGAGUAUUUUAAAAUCUACAUUGACAGUCUAAUGAAGAAGUCAAAGCGAGCUAUCCGGCUCUUUAAGGAAGGCAAGGAGAGAAUGUAUGAAGAACAGUCGCAGGACAGACGGAAUCUCACAAAAUUGUCCCUUAUCUUCAGUCACAUGCUGGCAGAAAUUAAGGCAAUCUUUCCCAAUGGCCAGUUCCAAGGAGAUAACUUCCGUAUCACAAAAGCAGAUGCUGCUGAAUUCUGGAGGAAGUUUUUUGGAGACAAAACCAUUGUACCAUGGAAAGUCUUCAGACAGUGCCUGCAUGAGGUCCAUCAGAUUAGCUCUGGCCUGGAAGCAAUGGCUCUGAAAUCGACCAUUGAUUUAACUUGCAAUGAUUAUAUCUCAGUUUUUGAAUUUGAUAUUUUUACCAGGCUAUUUCAGCCCUGGGGCUCUAUUUUACGGAAUUGGAAUUUCUUAGCUGUGACACAUCCGGGGUAUAUGGCAUUUCUCACUUAUGAUGAAGUUAAAGCACGACUACAGAAAUAUAGCACCAAGCCCGGAAGCUACAUUUUCCGGUUAAGCUGCACCCGGCUGGGACAGUGGGCCAUUGGCUAUGUGACUGGGGACGGCAAUAUCCUGCAGACCAUACCUCAUAACAAGCCUCUAUUCCAAGCCCUGAUUGACGGUAGCAGAGAAGGCUUUUAUCUUUAUCCUGAUGGGCGAAGUUAUAACCCCGAUUUAACCGGAUUGUGUGAACCUACACCUCAUGAUCAUAUAAAAGUUACACAGGAACAAUACGAGCUAUAUUGUGAAAUGGGCUCCACUUUUCAGCUUUGUAAGAUCUGUGCAGAGAAUGACAAAGACGUAAAGAUUGAGCCUUGUGGACAUCUGAUGUGCACCUCGUGCCUUACUGCGUGGCAGGAGUCUGAUGGCCAAGGCUGCCCCUUCUGUCGCUGUGAGAUAAAAGGAACUGAGCCCAUCAUCGUGGAUCCCUUUGAUCCCAGAGACGAAGGCUCCAGGUGUUGCAGCAUCAUCGACCCUUUCAGUAUCCCCAUGCUUGACUUGGAUGAUGAUGACGAUCGAGAGGAGUCCUUGAUGAUGAACAGGCUGGCAAGUGUUCGAAAGUGCACUGACAGGCAGAACUCACCAGUCACAUCGCCAGGAUCCUCACCCCUUGCCCAGAGAAGAAAGCCUCAGCCAGACCCUCUGCAGAUCCCCCACCUCAGCCUGCCACCAGUGCCUCCUCGCCUGGAUCUCAUCCAGAAAGGCAUCGUCCGCUCUCCCUGUGGCAGCCCCACGGGGUCCCCAAAGUCUUCUCCAUGCAUGGUGAGAAAACAAGACAAGCCACUCCCAGCACCACCUCCUCCUUUAAGAGACCCUCCCCCUCCACCAGAGAGGCCUCCCCCAAUCCCACCUGACAACAGACUGAGCAGACACUUCCACCAUGGGGAAAGUGUGCCUUCCAGGGACCAGCCAAUGCCUCUUGAAGCCUGGUGCCCUCGGGACACCUUUGGGACUAAUCAGGUGAUGGGAUGUCGCAUCCUAGGGGAUGGCUCUCCAAAGCCUGGAGUCACAGCAAACUCCAACUUAAAUGGAAGACACAGUAGAAUGGGCUCCGACCAGGUCCUUAUGCGGAAACACAGACGCCAUGAUUUGCCUUCAGAAGGAGCUAAGGUCUUUUCAAAUGGACACCUUGCCAAUGAAGAAUAUGAUGUUCCUCCUCGGCUUUCCCCUCCUCCUCCAGUCACUACCCUUCUCCCUAGCAUAAAGUGUACUGGUCCAUUAGCAAAUUGUCUCUCAGAGAAAACAAGAGACACAGUAGAGGAAGAUGACGAUGAGUACAAGAUUCCUUCAUCCCACCCUGUUUCUCUGAAUUCACAACCAUCUCAUUGUCAUAAUGUCAAACCUCCUGUCCGGUCUUGUGAUAAUGGUCACUGUUUAUUGAAUGGAACUCAUGGUACGCCUUCAGAGAUGAAGAAAUCAAACAUCCCAGAGUUAAGCAUCUAUUUGAAAGGAGAUGUUUUUGGUUCAGCCUCUGAUCCAGUGCCAUUACCACCUGCCAGGCCUCCACCCCGGGACAACCCAAAGCAUGGUUCAUCACUCAACAAGAUGCCCUCUGAUUAUGAUCUUCUCAUCCCUCCAUUAGGUGAAGAUGCUUUUGAUGCUCUCCCCCCAUCUCUCCCUCCUCCCCCACCUCCUGCAAGACAUAGUCUCAUUGAACAUUCGAAACCUCCAGGCUCCAGUAGCCGACCUUCCUCAGGGCAGGACCUGUUUCUUCUUCCUUCAGAUCCUUUUUUUGACCCAGCAAGUGGCCAAGUUCCUUUGCCUCCUGCAAGGAGGGCACCAGGAGACAGCCUCAAACCCAACAGAGCCUCCCAGGACUAUGACCAACUCCCUUCAUCUUCAUCUUCAGAUGGUUCUCAAGCACCAGCUAGACCCCCCAAGCCUCGACCCCGCAGGACUGCACCGGAAAUUCAUCACAGAAAACCCCUUGGGCCCGAGGCAGCAAUGGAAAAUGUUGAUGCAAAAAUUGCAAAACUCAUGGGAGAGGGGUACGCCUUUGAAGAGGUGAAAAGAGCCUUAGAAAUUGCCCAAAAUAACGUGGAAGUGGCCAGGAGCAUCCUUCGAGAAUUUGCCUUCCCUCCCCCAGUCUCUCCACGUCUAAAUCUAUAGCAGCCGGAACUGCAACACCAAAGGGUAAAACAGUUGACAGAAUAUUCCAGGAGUACGGAACAGAAGGACUAAGAGGGAAUGCAGGAGCCACAGCAUCCUUUUGUGGGACAUCUCCAGAAGGGAGGCGGCCUGGAGUCCAGCUUCUGUGGAGAACACAGCUCCCUUAGGAUGCCCACACUGCAGCUUCUGUGUUUGUGCUAGCCAUACUUUUAAAUCAGGGUUGAACUGAUAAUAUAAUUUAAAGACGUUUACUCCCCUUGAACUUUGAAUCUGUGAAAUGCUUUUCCUUGUUUACACGUUGGCAGAAUUGAGGUUUGUCUCUGUUUUGGAUCCCUGUAUGGUGCUCCUGACAGGUCCUUCAUGGAGUUGGUCAUGUCUGCUGUAACCUUUUUCAUGCCCUCCUUUGCUGUCCACAGCGGCAGCAAAAUCACUUCUUUGUGUUGCUCUCCAUCCAGGCCCCACCUCACAUCCCCAGGUCCAGUUCCAUUGCUCCCAUUUACAUGACACGCUAAUCUGCAGGUUCUGAUUUUCAGUGUCUCAAAGUAAGGCAGAACGAGAAGGAAAAAUGUGUGGUCUUGUCUUCACUACUGAGUCUUUGGGAACCAUCACUGUUGAGAGGUGGGGGAAAACCUGAAUGUAUAAAGCAUUUAUUUGUCAAUAAACUGCCUUUUGUAAGGGGUUUUUAUAUCAUAUAGAAGAGCUUCCUUUGUUAGUGUAAGUUCUGUGACCUUUACUUUUCUAUGCUCUCCCUCUUGUAGCCCCAGGAGUGCCAUGAUGCUGUCGAAACAGGCUGGCAUGAGACAGCACUGUGCUACAUUACAAUAAUGAGAUCCCCUGAUAUUUAUGCCUGCAUCACUUUCAGGAGAGCUGGAAAGCAAGCGUGGCCAUCACCUCAACAUACGUUAAGACGCCUUUAGAGAAGGCCGCACACACAACUUUUCCAAGUGGAAUAGAGUCCGUUUUCUGUGUCUUGAUGUCACACUGGCUCCUCACAGUGUGCACGCCUCCUCCUGAGGCACUGAUGACUGUUAUGUGCCACUGCUACUGCGGCCAUGGUACUUGGAAAAAUCUUAGUGCCCUUUCUUCAGUCAAGUCAGGGUACCUAUUUACUCUGUGGGUUUUCUCAUUGAUUAUUCUUUCCGUGUUGCCCCAUUCAGUCAGAUGGAAGACUUAAACGCAAUUUUGCUUUUUAACAAAAUGAGUGGUUCUUCUGAAACCAUGGUAUUACUUUUAAUCUGAAAAUAUGUACUGACCAUCUGAAUGUGCUUUGCACUCUUUGGUUCGUUUGUAAAGCACAAACUAUCUCCAACAUAUACAUGUUUUUGAUGGUAAAUGUCUCUAAUCUGAUGGAUGAAGCACCGGAAAUUGACACUGGGGCUUCAGAACUCUAGAAAUUUCAGGGGUUUUUGUUUUGUUUCGUUUUUUGUUUUUCAUACAUAAUAAUGGGGAGAAGAAAAGAAUCAAAACUAUCUCCAUGGCAAAAUGCUUGAACCACAUCUAGAGACUUUCUAAAGAUGGACUUAGUUGAAGGUUUGCGGAGGUUUGUACCACUCCUUAUUCCACACCCAGAAAUGUCGCAGAUAAUGAGCCCUAGGGAGAAGAAAGACCAUUGGGUCGAUCUGCUGGAGUUGGGGUGUAAACGACUCAGCAACAAAGCCAUGUUUGCCCAGGAAUGGAAUCCAGGACAUUCCUUUGUAGUCUGGCUUUCACAGGAUGAGACAAGACUUGAGGAUCCAUAGUCUUUGCCUAAUUUAGAUUUGUUCAGAUGGUCCUAUGCUGCUUCUCCCACCAGAGGGAUAUUUUUUAAUUUCCUUAGAUGCUGUUCCUUAUAAAGAGCUAUGAGUACAGUUUUUUUAUAUAUACUUUAUACAAUUGGCUCUUUGCUGUUUUAGUUUCUGCCCAUAUCUUUUUUUCUUUUUCUUAACUUGUUUUAUAGGUUCAGACAUCAUAUUUCUUGGCAACAGUGUGCACAGCCUAAGACUCAAAGUUGCCUGUUUGCUGUCCUAACGUUGUUAGAACAUCCUUGAUAGAUUAGGGGGCAAUGUAAGACAAGCACCUAGGACCCAUAGCAUAUUCUUGUCCACUUCUUAGGUCAUACUUAAGACUUUCAGAAAGAAUUUAAAAGCUAAAGAUUUCAUGACACCCUUUAUUUGGACCUGAGGUUAAGAAAGAAAAUAAAUAAGUUUCUGAAUUGUACCAAGGUCUUCCCCUAUGGCAAUGGCCAGUCUUGUCAUUAAAUUGAAUCCAAUGAGUCAUACGUUAAGACAAUGAAGACAGAUAACAUGAACACUCACAGGAUUUGUUUGAAGACAUAAUUCAAAUUAAUUUUCAUAAUGAAACAGACUAUUAGUUAAUAUUUGAAAUAAUCCAAACUUUGUUCCCUCUGACCCAGAAAGUUAGAUCUUCCUCCCAGUGCUCAAGAAUGGAUAAUAAAAUUACCUUAGGUCAGUAUUUAGUAUGACCUAUACACUCAAAACAAAUUAUGGCCAAUUUUAGCCCCUACCUACCUGCAAAUUUUUCUGGGUGUUAAGGACAUGGCAUCCAUCUCCAGUGAUAUUCCAGUAAUUGUGUUUCCCCCCUUUGGGAGAUUAUUUUGUUGUUGUUUUCUCUCUCUCUCUGUCUCUCUCUCUCUCUUCCUAUCUAUCUCUAUCUCUGAUAUAUCACAGCCAAAUUUUCUAGAACCAAAUCCAAUCAUUUUAAUGUUUAACUUGAGCUUGCUUCCACAAUUAUAGUUGUUAGCCCUUCCUACUUUCCCCUAACCUUCAGUGCAAUAGAGCCCUAUUACAGCCUCCAAAGGUCUGUUUUCUAACUUAGCAUUUCUCACACCAAGGAUACAUGCAAAGCUUUCUUCAUAAUGUGAACUCCUUAAUUGUUCAGUUCCAGAAGCAUUUCCUGUAUUUUGAACGUGACUUUGCCUCUCGGAUUUUCAACUUGAAGCUUUAGUUUGCACUGAAUUAUCUCACCUGGUUUUAAAAUGUUUCAAAUGGACUGAUUUGGAAGUAAAAUGUGGUAUAUUUUAAAUAUUAAUGCAGGUACUGCCUGUAAGCCUGGAAUGUUAGCAUUUUGAGGAAGAGGUUCUGGAAAAAGACAGCAAUAGAAAGAAAGGUUUUCUUCCCAACUCCCAUUUUUAUUGUUUUGAAAUGCAUUUUUGUAAACGUGUUUAAUGUGGCAAAAUAGUUAUGUGUUCAAUUAAUUUAUAUUUUAUUCAUUCUUUUGUUUUUUCAAUUCUGAAUAUGUAACCUCAAGUACUUUAUCUGUUCUUUUAAGGUAUUUUAUAAAAAUGAAUGUUGACAAAUGGAGUUUGUAUGUUAUUAUUCCAAUAAGCACAAAUAUUUCCUUGA